AGGACUACAUUUCCCUGCCUGCCUUGCUUGGAACCCAGUGCGCAUGAUCGCUGUGUGAGUGACAGCAGGGGCGUUGCUUGGUGUCAGACUGAGCGCUGCUUUGGCUCUCGCACCCCCGAUAGCAACAACUGCACCGGGCGGAGGAUGUAAGAGACUGGGGGUGAAAGAAGGGAAGCGACGCUAGCACCCCCGGAUUCCCCUAGAACAGUGAGCGUUUACAUCUCUGACAUGAAGAAAGACAUUGAGACUCUUAUAGCCCUGGAAAGAGCAGAGAUUAUUAGCAAAUAUGAGAAGUUUCAGCAGCCUGGGGCUGAGAGAGACCCAUGGGAGGAUGCAAACUUUUCACUGUAUAAAGUCACAGAUAGAUUUGGAUUCUUACAUGAACAUGAAUUGCCUUCACGUAGUGCUCAGGAGGAGAAGCAAAAACUACAGGAGAUUGAACGUGUGGAUAAAUGGCUUAAGAUGCUUAAAAAAUGGAGCAAGUACAGGAACAGUGAAAAGAUGUACCGAAGGGUGUAUAAAGGUAUCCCACUACAAGUAAGAGGGCAAGUCUGGUCUCUGCUCUUGGACGUUGAGGAAACAAAAUUGAAGAACGAGGGCAAAUAUGAGAAAAUUAAGGAUCUGGCAAAGACUUAUUCGACAGAGAUUAAACAAAUUGAUCUGGAUAUAAACCGGACGUUUCGCAAUCACAUUAUGUUUCGAGAGCGCUAUGGAGUCAAACAGAGGGCGCUGUUUGAUGUGCUGUCUGCCUAUUCUGUCUACAAUACGGAAGUCAGUUACUGCCAGGGGAUGAGUCAGAUUGCAGCUGUACUGCUCAUGUAUCUGAACGAGGAGGAUGCCUUUUGGGCUCUGGCACAGCUGCUAACCAACCAAAGACAUGCAAUGCACGGGUUUUUUAUCCCUGGUUUCCCAAAGCUCCAGAGGUUUCAGAGUCAUCAUGAACAGAUUCUCAGCAAAGUGUUUCCUAAACUGAAAAAACACAUGGACAAAGAAGACAUGUCUACUGGGAUUUAUACAACAAAAUGGUUUCUGCAGUGUUUCCUAGACCGGACACCAUUUACCCUUACCCUGAGGCUCUGGGAUAUCUAUAUACUGGAGGGCGAACGAGUACUUCCGGCCAUGGCUUACACCAUUCUUAAGUUACACAAAAAACGUCUGCUUAAGAUGCCUAUGGAGGACUUGCGGGAGUUUCUUCAGGAGAAGAUUGCUCGAUCUCUAAGCUAUGAUGAUGAUAUUGUGGUUGAGCAAUUACAGACGUCAAUGGCUGAACUUCGCAAGAUGAAACUUGAACUUCCUCCUCCAGGAAAAGCUGAGGAAUUCCCAAAAAAGACUCUGGGACAAGAUAUUCCUGUUGAUCUCCACCCAGUCGAGCCUGCUAAAGAGGCAAAUGGAGAGAAGGUAGUUUCACUUGAGAACACCCCAGAGAUCUCCAAACAAGUUCCGAUGGAUAUUAAUGAGAAUAACUCAAACACUGUUGAUAAAAUUAAAAACCUCUCAUCCAGCUCACAGUAUAAUGGGACACCCACCCCCAUGGUUGUGGAAGAGGCAAGUAAUGUUGAAACACAUCAGGAAACAGAUCUUCUCAAAAAUGGUGCUAAGCAGCAACAACAAGUUUCUGCUGGAAAUCCCUUAGCAGUUUCUCAGAGUAUACCACAACACCCUGACAUGAAAAAAGAUAUAAAAGAAGUAAGUAAAGUCAAUGUCUCUCAACCACUUAAGGUGGAAGAAUGUGUUGAGAUUUCAUUAAUAUCUGUUAAAAAUGAAGAUAUCCAUUAUUCACCAAAUGUUUCCAUAAUGGAGACUCCAAAUGAUUGCCAGAACAGUGCACAACUAGACAGUGGUGUAAAGCCUGAAUAUACUUCUAUAGAACUGCCACCAAACAAUGGCUUAGAAGAAACUACUGCCCCAAAAGAAGAAUUACAACUGGGGGAGUGUCCUGCUGAUAUAUUGUCUGCAUCUCAAAGUGAAAGUGAAAUGUUAAGUAUCAAAAAUAAUUCUUCCUGUGAUUCGCUAACUGAUUCCCCUCUAUUGCCAGAAUGUGAUAAUCCUACUACAAAAGAAGUAUGUACUGUUGCAAGAGAAAUUGUUUCCCUUCAGCUUCCAGAAGCAGAAAGUAAUAGGCGCCCUUCCAUUGCUUCUGAAUAUGAUAAUGCAUCUGAUGUAGAGCAGGGAGAGUGGCCACCAUGUCCAACAGACUUAAGUUUUAUCGUGUUGAAAAGUGACGAAUGCCAGGCUAGCAUCUGUAAUGCACUGGAUUUGUCAAUGGAAAGAAGAAAAGAAACAGAAAUGCUUACACAUGUAAAACCCAUCAUGUCUUGCCAUCGAGGGCCUUUGGGAAGUGUGCCAACCUUGCUUAUAAAUAGUCCUGAUCUUCAGGAAUCUGUCAAUGCUCGAACUAGCUCUUCACCAUCAUUACCAGUACAGUUCUUUCCUUGCCAAGUGAUAAAGACUUUUACUCCAGUCCAAGUGUCUCUUGCCACAACACAGGACUUCCUCAACAGACAAGUAGCACAUCCAUUGCUUGAUAGUCCUCAGCAAACUCUUACUUCAAUUGUCCUGAGUGUAUCAAAAGAACAUGGUGAAAAGGCAGUUCAUGAUACUUUGUCCACUGUUGUGAAUGGCUGCAACUCCUACAAAAAACCCCAACCACCUCCACAAACCUCAAAGCCAAAAGUUGCAGCUCAACAUUGGAGCAUUCCCAAAGCCCAUUCAGAUAACAACUUUUACUCGCAUCAUGUUACCAUGACACAAUUGCCUAAGUCUGUGACAUUUUGAAAUUAUAUUUUAAAAAAUGUAUGAUAUCUCAUGCUGUUUGUUAGUUGUGCUGUGUGUGAGCCAUUUUUAUGCUGGACAUAAAAAUUUGGCAUGAUCAAUAGCAUUGAUAAGGGAAUGUACUGCACCGGAGACUGGCAUUUUGGUAUUCUAUAAAAUAAUCACAAAGUGCUUAAUUUUUAAUUUUUUCAUGGAUUGGUUGUUGAAAUUACAAAAAUUUGACAACCUUGGAGGUUUCAGUAACAGUGGGGAUGUGCAUUAAACAAAGCAAAGAUGAAAAGAUUUCUGUCUGUAUGCACUAUGACCAGAUUUGUAAUAAGUCCUAACAGUAGCAUCUACUUUUCCCAUAUAUCUCUGUGUUGUGAUUUCUUUUUAAUCUUUUUAUCUUCUCAUAUUUUCUAAUAACUAAUCUAUCUGAUGAAAUAUCCUUUAUAACUUAUAGCCAUAUUGGUUAUUUUCUAAUUUUCUUAUCAAGCAAACAGAACCAUUACUCAAACAUCAUUUUUAAGUAUACAAUGUUUCCUUAGUCAUCAAACAUUUAUCAGUUUUAGUCACAGGGGUAAUUAAAUGUGUUCGUACACGCCAAUGUGCUGCUGACUUGGCCACUCCAGACCAAGCUGUAGCUUAUUGGGCCAUAAAUGAGGGAAAACCGAUUGACAAAUAACUUUCUGGCAGCAUUUGAAAUCUAGGUGGGUGAAAAAAUGGAUCGGCCCAUUGAUGUGUUACUUUCCUAAAGGGUCUGUAGCAGCUUCAGUUAUCCAGUUGUUGACCUGAUGGCCAGAUCAGGCAAACAUCCCCUUAUUUGGCUAUCUAGACAAAUGAGCAUAUUAUAUUUAGAUAUAAAUAAUAUUUAGAGGCCUAUUUAUCAAGCAGUGUUUAAAAUUUUAUUGAUCAAACUGCAUAUUACAGUUAGGGCAUGAUUUACUCCAUCUGUUCCCAUCACUGACUUGCUCUAUUACAAAGUCUGGCCUGAUGUAACUUAAAGGGACAAAUUCAGGCAGGAAAUAAGUACAGAAAGACUUUGAAUAACUGCAAUGGUCAAAGCAGCUUUUUCCAUGUUAAUAUUUCUUUUAAAAUACACAUUUUAGACUUCUCUGAAGCAACAUUUAUUACAAGGGUGUAUAACUUGCUUUUCCAUAUCUUUGUCUUGUAUUCAGAUGGCAGUGUGUAAAGUGUUAAUACAUAGCUUAAUAAAUAGGCCCACCAGAAAGAGAGGUGGGACUAAGCAAGUAUUGAAAUAUUUGUGCGUGUGCAAAAAUGCCUUAGUACUGCACAGUUUGUUUGUGCAUGAUUGUGUCAGAACUUGUGUGUUCAUCUAAGAGUCAACAUUAAAGACAAGGGAACUCGGAAAGUUGAUAAAAAAAAUUUCAAUUUGCCCCAUUAGAGAGAGGUAAAGCUAUGCAGUAUCCAGCAAUAACAAUGAACAUUUCUGUCCACCUCUAAACUAUUUAGAACAUUAAUGUAAUAAUGACAACGUUUAUUUCAGACUGUAAUUGAAACCAGCAAGGAAAAUUGUUUUAUUGUUUUUUUUAUUCUGCAAUAAGGAAUUACAGCUUAUUUAUAAUUAUUAUUUUUUUUUUUUUUUUUUUUUUUUAAACAUGGCAAGACCAAAGUUUUUUUUUUUCCUCUUUGUUUUUCUUUAAGAGGGAUGAUGGGUUUGUGGAGUAAUCAUUCCAUAUUUAUUAUGUUUUUAUAUUUAAUUAUGGCUUACUUUAAUUUUUUGAGAAAGAGGCUCUCAGCAUUUUAUGGUAUUGAGUAUCAGAGGCCAGGUUGGUUGAGUAUUUAAAUUAUAGUCUGUAUAGCCUUUUGUAUUGGUUUUUAUUAUGUUUAUUUUCUAUGAGGUCGAAGCUACUUCCCUUGUCCACAGGGUCGGAUUUGGGGGUGCAGGGCCGCUUCCCCUGCUCCCCCCAACCCCCCGCAGGGGCCCUCGCCACCCAGCUGACGUCCUCCCCUGAGCAUGAGUAAGAGACAUGCGAGGGGAGGGAUCGGCCGGGGGAUCGGCGACAGGGGUCGGGACUGGUCUGACCAGGUUUUUUCCCAGUGCCCCGGCAUCCCAGUCUGACCCUGCUUGUCCAGUUCCCCCUGACACAUUGGUCAGAUAUUGCAUAGAUUUUUUAACUUCACUAGAGCAGUAACAGUCUUCUUAUUGAACUUUUCUUCUGUCAGGGUGUUAAAAAAAGAUUACGUUUUAUGAUGUUGUCAAAGAAGGUGGCAGCAAAGUUUAUAAAUUAUGACAACUUUGAUUUUUUUUUUUUAACGUAAUUUUUUCUAUAAUUUUAUAGUAAAAACAUGCAUUGUUCAGUAUAACUACUUGCUGGAGCUGCAUUUAGUUGCUAACCAGAUUUUUAAGGCUCAGUUGCACUAAAUUGUCAUUAGUCUAUCUCAUUUCUGCUUCUAGGUAUCAAAAUGAUGCCUUUAUCCAAUUCUUUAAGCGCAAGUAUGAAGAGCACUGUGGGAAGAGUGAAACUGUCACCUUCUUUGUGGAGGUGGUAGCUCCAGGGGACCCCUGCAUCAGUACAUUGCAGGCAAAUAUAUCCAAACAGCUAACAAGGAUCAUUGACACUUUAUGCCAAAAGGCCCAAAUUUUAGUUCUGCUAAGAGUGAAAACACAGGUGGUGAUUUGUAGCCGCACAAUGCAAAUGUCGCACGCAACUUUUUAAAAUGUCACACUGAUAAACCGCCCUGUGCAUCUUCACCCUAAAGGGACAGCAAGUGAUUAUGGUGCAGCAAAAUAAGCAAAAAUUCUUCAUUUCCAUUCAUUUAAAUUCAUACAAAAGCUUCUGAAGAUAUGAAAGCACCACAGAACAUUCAUGUUGCCAGGAUUAACAAUUUCUGUCUCUACAGUUGAAUGUACUUAUAAUUUAAUACAUAAACAAGCAAAUCAUUUCUUAGGGAAACAUUUUCUUUAAUGAUGUUAAGAGUAGUGUGUCCGAAUGAUAUCUGUUGUCCUAUCUACAGGUUGUACAGGUAGCUUAUUUGCUAACUAUGUUCAUUCAUUUACUGAACAGAUGAAAUGUAGUGCAGGAACAACAAAAAUAUUGAGGACUAUUUACUAUUGAUCCACAAUCUCAACAACAAAUUAAUUUGGGCACAAAUUGGGACAUGGGAGCUCAUGGUACAUUUGCUGG